CCUCCUUUCCCAGCCUCUCCUCCCUGCUCCUUCUCUGCAGGCCUGCUGCAGAGAGGGGCGUGUGACGUCAGUGAAGGCUGGAGCAGUUCCGUGGUUGAAGCGGAAAAAAAAAAUGGGAAGACGAUUGCGAGGACCUCACACAGGGCAGCCAUGAGAGGUGAAGCUAGGAGCCCAGUGACCUAUGGACACAAUGUGUGGUCAUGUGACUGAUGUGGACCGGUCCACCUCAGACGGAACACUCGUCCCAGUGAUUUGUUGUAGCGCUCCUAACUUCACCAUGAGGAAGUCCGUGAGACACUCGGCCUCUUCGAUGUUGUACCGGCGCUGCCAUUGUGCUGUAUGAGCGCCCCCCUUCCUUCUGUGGCUGUCACUGCACGGAAUGGCCUCUCUGGACCUGCCAUACCACUGUCCUCGGUGCGGGGAGCACAAGCGAUUCCGAAGCCUCUCAUCCUUGCGAGCCCACCUGGAGUACAACCACACAUACGAGACCCUCUACGUCCUGUCCAAGUCCAACAGUGUGUGUGAUGCUGCUGCCCUGCUGCCCCUAGUGGCCGAAGGCGCUAUCCUCACACCCGCCAACAACAACGACCCCUUCGAGCCGCUCCGCCCCUCAGCUCUGAAGGAGCGCCGUUUCCCUUGUCGUGAACUGCCUUGUGUGGACGACCUGAGUUUGACGCCAGCUCACCCCAGCUCUGCGGCCCGAUAUAUUCCCAAUGUAGAGUUUCCCUUAGGGGAGAUUUUCAUGAAGAAGGCCAUGACCUCUGCAGACCCGGGUCCUCAUGGAAACCCCAGCACAGCCGUAGCUGUGGCUGCUAAUGUAGCAGCUAGCGCAGUGGAGGCGGCCUAUGAGGAGAGCCUGGCCAGGCUGAAGGCACGUGCGUUUGAGCGUCUGGAGCUGGAUGAAAGGCUGGAGAAGCUGUCGGAGGAGGUGGAACAGAAAAUAGCAGCGCGCGUGGGCCGUCUUCAAGCGGAGCUGGAGAGGAAGAGCUCCGAGCUGGAGCGAGCCAAGCAGGAGAGCGAGCGGCUGAGCCAGGAGAAACAGGACCUGGAGGACAAGGCCUCGGAGCUCUCCCGGCAGGUGGACGUCUCUGUGGAAAUGCUGGCUAACCUCAAACAGGAUCUGGUGAACAAGGAGGCGGAGCUCAACCACAAACAGCAGGAGGUGGCACAGAUCGACCAGUUCCUGCAGGACACCGCGGCGCGGGAGGCCAACGCUAAAGUCCGCCUGCAGCAGUUUAUCGAGGAGCUGCUGGACCGAGCCGACCGCGCCGAGAAACAGCUGCAGAUCAUCAGCAGCUGUGGCACCACACCCAACGGCAGCCUGGGACACUGCAGCCUGCAGGCCUCCAAGGGAAACGGACGGCAGAGAAACUCCAGCCUCUCUGGCAGCACGAGAGGGAUGUACCAGGUGUCGGAGCGACGUUCCUCCGUCUGCUGCAGGGCGUCAGGGAGGAUCAAGUCCGUGUCCCAGGGAUCUGGCGGUUACGACAGUGACAGUGUGGAGAUGCAUCCCAUGGACGACUGCCCCGAGGCUCAGUACUACCACAUGCAGUGUCGGCUCAGCGAGGGCGGCUACGAGCGCUCGCCUGGAUGUGGCUCGAGAAACUGGGGCCUCCGAAAACAGGCCAUCCAAAACUGGCAGCGGCGGCCUUACCGCAACAGCACUGAGGGGGAGGAGGGGGACGUGUCGGACGUGGGCUCCAGGACAACGGAGUCUGAGGUGGAGAUGUGGGAGCAGGAGAGGAGAGCCGUGGCCGAGGUCCAGCAGUCUGCCCCGCCUUAUCACCACCACGGCAGGGCAGGAUACCGACCAAACGUAGGAUGUUCAGAAGGCUACAGUAAACCAUGUCGUCAUGAAAAGAGCCCGUCCAAAUCGAACGAGGUGAUCAGUCCAGAGAUCCUGAAGAUGCGUGCAGCUCUCUUCUGUAUCUUCACCUACCUGGACACCAAAACCCUGCUGAGGGCCGCGGAGGUCUGCCGCGACUGGAAGUUUGUGGCCCGUCACCCGGCUGUGUGGACCAGAGUGCUCCUGGAGAACGCUCGCAUUUCUUCCAAGUUUCUCUGCACCCUGUCUCAGUGGUGCACGCAGACGCACUCGCUCAUUCUGCAAAAUCUCAAACCCAGACAACGAGGCAAGAAGGAAAGCAAGGAGGAUUAUCUCAAAAGCACACGUGGCUGCCUGGAGGAGGGUCUGGAGGCGCUCUUAAAGGCCACAGGAAGCAACCUGCUGAUACUGAAGAUUUCACACUGCCCCAACCUGCUGACCGACCGCUCGCUCUGGCUGGCGAGCUGCUACUGCCGAGCCCUGCAGGCGGUCACCUACAGAAGUGCCACAGACCCUGUGGGCCAGGAGGUGAUCUGGGCUCUCGGAGCAGGUUGUAGGGAUAUCAUCUCCCUACAGGUGGCGCCUCUACACCCUUGUCAACAGCCGGCACGGUUCAGUAACAGAUGUCUGCAGACUAUUGGUAGAUGUUGGCCGCACCUUCGUGCCCUUGGUGUGGGAGGAGCUGGAUGUGGCAUACAGGGUUUGGCCUCACUGGCGAGGAACUGCAUGCGUCUGCAGGUGCUGGAGUUGGACCAUGUGAGUGAAAUCAACCAGGAGGUGGCAGCAGAGGUUUGCAGAGAAGGUCUGAAGGGUCUGGAGAUGCUGGUGCUGACGUCAACACCAGUCACCCCGAAAGCCUUGCUCCACUUUAACAGUGUUUGUCGUAACCUGAAGUCCAUCGUGGUUCAGAUCGGUAUCGAGGACUACUUUGAAGACCCCAACAGUCCUGAAGCCAGAAAACUGUUUGAUGAGAUGGUGAACAAGCUGCAGGCUCUGAAAAAGAGACCUGGUUUCUCCAAAAUCCUGCACGUGAAAGCAGACAGUAUCUGCUAACGUCUUUGGUCCAGACUCUUGACGUCGCGGUGAGCUGCCAUCUUGGAUCAUUUAGACUCUUAAAAAACAGUCCAGCUGGGUUUUUUGUUUCAGCUCAGAAAGUUGGGGGCGGCAUACAUAAACCAGGCGGCCACGAUAAUGAACCAGGACCAGAACUCAAUCUGCAUACUCAUCAAGUCUAAAUUAAAAACAGAAAAAUAAUCAGAAAUGUAUUUACCAACCCUGACCGUGUACCUGAGAAAUCAACAGAUUUCAACAGACUCAAAAAAAAAAAAACCCCA